AUGACUACCCUCACUAACAAGUUCCUCCCAAAUCCGAAGACCAUCGCUGUCGUGGGUUGUCCCUUCAGUGGCGGUCAGCCUAAACUCGGAGUCGACAAAGGCCCAAUCCAUCUCGUCGAAGCGGGUUUGAUUACUCGGCUUGAGGAACUUGGCUGGAGAGUCCUCUUUGAUGGUCACCAUCAAUUCGAAGAAAUCUCAGCUGCUUCGGACCCACCAAUUGGCAAACUUCAGAACCCCAGACACGUAUCCCGCGUCUGCGAAUCCGUAGCAGAGGUUGUCGGUACGCAUGUAAGGAACGGCCAGUUACCAGUCACUCUUGGAGGCGAUCAUUCGCUCGCCAUGGGUACCAUUUCGGGAACAGUUGAGGUACGCCGUCGUCAUAUACGUCUUAGGGAUUUUAACGUUGCGCGCUGUAGCUCCUAUCCCGAUGCAUGCGUCAUAUGGGUUGAUGCCCAUGCUGAUAUCAAUACUACUGAAACGACAUCCAGCGGAAAUAUACAUGGUAUGCCUGUUUCAUUCCUUCUUGGACUUGGAGAGAAGAUACCCGAGUAUGCCUGGGUCAAGCCCCUCUUGAGACCGGAACGUCUUGUCUACAUCGGCCUGCGUGAUCUCGACGCCGGAGAGAAGCGCAUCCUGAGGGAGAACAAUAUCAAAGCUUUUAGUAUGCACGAGGUAGACAAGUACGGCAUUGGGCGCGUGGUGGAUAUGGCACUUGACCACCUCAACCCGAAUCGCGAUCUACCAAUUCACUUGAGUUUCGACGUAGAUGCACUCGACCCUUCCGUGGCACCGUCCACCGGAACACCUGUGCGCGGAGGUUUAACCUUCCGAGAAGGUCACUAUAUUUGUGAAGCAAUACACGAAACGGGGCUCCUCGUGGCCCUCGAUUUAAUGGAGGUCAACCCGUCACUGGCUGACCCGGAGAGUGUCCGGCAGACAGUGGCGGUGGGCUGUUCCCUUGUCUGUUCUGCACUGGGUGAGUGA